CACAGCCGGCAGGAGAGUUCCGGACACGCCGCCCCCACUGCUCACCCUCCACUGCAUUUAGCACAAUCAGUUCCAGCGCGACCACGACAAAACUAACAACCAAAAGGGAGAAAAGAAAACAGGCCGGGGAGGAAUGACUGUGCCGCUUACGUUAGCGAGUUAAUUAUAUUUUCAAACGUUACGCGCCGCCCGCCAACUUCUGUCGCUUAAUCCGCCAUCUCGUCCGAAACCGGAACGUCAGAAUGACUUCGAAAGUGAAGCAGUGGGCCGAGCUCAAACUAGCCGGCAAUGAGUGCUUCAAGGCCGGCCAGUACGGAGAGGCUACCCGCAUCUACAGCCUGGCCAUCAGCGAGCUACACAAGUCUAAUCCAAAGAACGUGGAGGAUUUGAGCGUGUUGCACUCCAACCGCGCCGCCAGCUACCUCAAAGAAGGAAACUGUGCCGAAUGUCUCAAGGACUGUAACCUUUCUCUGGAGUUGGUGCCGUUCAACGUGAAGUCUUUAUUGCGCCGGGCCGCCGCCUCAGAAGCUCAGGAGCGGUACCGCCAGGCCUACGUGGACUACAAGACUGCACUGCAACUGGACACGCACCUCGUGGCCGCGCACGAGGGAGCAAACAGGAUGACAAAAGCAUUGACGGAGGUCGACGGUCCGUCGUGGCGAGAGAAGCUCCCCACCAUCCCAGUCGUCCCCCUGGCGGUCCGAGAGAAGCUCAGCCGAGGGCCCCCUACCGCGCCGCCGCAACACAACGGCAUCGCACAGAACCACAAUCUAGCCGCUGAGGAGGAUCUCCAGCGAGCCAGGUUGCUUAAGGAGGAAGGAAAUGCACUGGUUAAGAAAGGGGCGCACGCCCAGGCUGCCGAAAAGUACACGCAGAGCAUCUUCCACUACGGCAAAGAGGCCGCCACCUUCACCAACCGGGCAUUGUGCUACUUGGCGCUGAAACGCUACCACGAUGCGGUCAGCGACUGCGGAGCAGCGCUCGCCGUCGACGGCGCCAACGUCAAGGCGCUCUACCGACGAGCGCAGGCGUACAAGGAGCUCAAGGAAAUGAAAAGUUGCAUCCGAGACCUGAACAAGCUCCUGGAGAUUGAGCCAAACAACACUGCCGCCAUCAAGCUGCUGCAGGAAGUGCAACAGCAGGAACAACAACAACAACAACCUCCGCAGGAGAAGAAGAAGAAGAGCAAGACCAAGAAGAGUAAAAGGUGAAAGAAAAUGAUCCAGGGCUACCCCAAUUGCCAUGAGGGUGCAGAGGCAUCAGUUUUUUUCCUUAAUCAUUUUGUGGUUUUAUUCAAGCAAAGUCAAAACAGUCACAAUCACGUGCACACGUUAAGCAAUAAAACCAUCAUACAAGCAAA